AUGAGUCCACAAGAUCGUCUUAUGAUACAAAAUGAUGUUGCUGCUUUAUGUAAUGCUGGCCAUCAAUCAUUUGUUGAUUAUCUUAAAUUAUUACCAUCAUAUAAAGAUGAAGAUAAUUUUACUGUAUGGAAAUCAAUUGCAUCAAAUAUUGGUGAUUUAUCAUCAUUACUUGAAUAUGCAAAUACAGAAAAAACUUGGUUGGGAUGCUAA